AACACCAUAUGGUGCUGUUUACAUGGAACACAUAAAGGCGGUGUAUGAUGAAGAUAAAUGCGUUGUAACAUUGAAAGUGAUGCCUAAAAUCAAGAUGUCUCACAUUCGCCCCAACGACUUUGAAAAGAUGAAAGUAAACUUCGCAUUCCACCUGUUCAGUGCUGAAGUUCUCCGUGGGCUAUUCUUCUACAAGAGUGAGAUAUCUAAGCAUUGGAGUGACCCGGCACCAACACAAGCAUUUGUGCUCAUCAUGGUUAAAUUAAUUGAGGCCAUGACAGCACGCAUCGCAUCAAAAGGGCUGAGAGUUGGUUCUCCCCAGGAAAAGAACAUCAUCGAUUUUCAAGAGUACCUAAACAAAUGGGAAGCUUCCUUUUGCAGUUCCAAGCUUGGAUUCAUUUCCGCAAGCACUGCUGAGCGACUGAGAGUUACCUUGCACACUACUCUGGGCCUUCUAAAGUACCUCAAUGGUUUCAAGUACGUCCUCACAAGCCGACUCAGCCAAGACAGUAUAGAAAAGGUUUUUGGCAUUAUCCGUCAGUUUUCAGGGUGCAAUGAUCACCUGACAGAUACCCAAUUUUUAAUCACAGUGAACUGCCUAAGCUUCUAUGAUCUGGUAAAGGCACCAAGCAGCGGGAACCGUGCAGGAGGCUCGCUUACAUCUCUGUUAGCCGAUGGAAGUGAGGCCAAACAAGUGGAUUCACUGCUUGACAAACGCAAGCUCGAAGAAGCUUCCGAGGUUCUCAAGAAAUCAAAGAUCAUUCCUGAUCAUGUGUAUCUCGAAAAGACAAGCGAUGCCCGAUUUGUCUUUUACAUAACAGGGUAUGUUACCAGGAAGACGACAGUUAAAAGCAGCUGCAGCGACUGCUUUGAUGAGCUUCUCAUAUCACCGCAGAAGACGAACAGAGAUCUUGCUGUGCUUACAGAUUUUUGUGAUAACGGCGGCCUCCUUUAUCCUUCGGAGAAGCUCUUCUCCUUUGUGGAUGCUCUUGAGAUCACCUUCACAACAUGGUUCAGCUACAAUGAACUACACCAAGACAGUAUGGAUGAGCUGACCUCCUGCCUGCAGAAAAAUUCCGUCUUGGUUGGCUUUGCACGCCAUGGUGUCGAUCUUACAAGCCAGAUUAUAAAGUUUUUUUUUUCAUCACACGCCUUCACUUCUUCAUGA